CGGCGGGUCUCGUGCCGGGACCUGGGCCGGGUGGACUGCGAUGGCUGGCUCCUGAAGAAGAAGGACCAUGUGGGCUUCAUGGCCCAGAAGUGGAAGCGGUGCUGGUUUGUGCUGAAGGGCCACACGCUCUACUGGUACCACCACCCCAACGUGAGUGGAGAUGCUGAGUGGGUCAGUCACCUGAUAACAGCCAAAACGAAGUACGCGCUGGCCCACCAGGCAGUCCCAGACCGGGAGGAAGACUGCUACAGUGAGACAGAAGCCGAGGACCCUGAUGAGGACUCCCCCCGGCAUGGCUGUGACUCUCCAAAGAAGAGGCUGCAAAACGCCCCGGAGAAAGCCCAGCUCCUCCCGGCCAGCGACCCUGCUGGGGAGGAUCUCGAGUGCCUGAUGCGGUGCCUGAAGCAGGGAGGAGUGUCCCUCAUCGGGCGGCAGCGGUUCCUGACACAGGAACAGUGCCACAAGUCCUUCAUCCGGCGCAACAAGAACCCCCACAUCAACGAGAAGGUGCAUGUAGUGCGGGCCCUGCAGAGCACGCUCAAGGCGAAGCUGGUGGAGCUGCAGGCUCUGGAGCAGCUGCUCAGCGACGCUGCGCUCACCUCGGAGAAGUUCACGCGCUGGAAGGAAGAGCACGCGGGA